AUGCCCCGGAGCAGGCAUGGGGCAAUUAUACUACUGUCAAACACCAGCCAAACAAAUCGUGUGUACUGGCGGCCAUACAUAGCCCAUGCACAAUAUGCUUUGGGCGGGGAUGAGAAGAAGUGUAGCAAUGAAGAAUUCAAUCUUGCGCAGAAGUGUGGGGACUGUCUUUACUACGACGGACGAUACCGCGAAGCGGAGACUAUGUAUCAGAUGGUCCUUGUUUCUCGGGAGAAUGUGCUAGGGCACGAACACACAGACACGCUCACCAGCGUCAACAACCUUGGUUUAGUCCUUUCCCACCAGGGCAAGUACGAAGAGGCCGAAGCCAUGCACCGGCGGGCGUUACAAGACCGAAAAAAAGUGCUAGGGCUGGAACGCCCAGACACGCUCACUAGCGCCAGCAACCUUGGCUCAGUCCUUGAUAGCCAAGGCAGGUACGAAGAGGGCGAAGCCAUCCGUCGGCGCCGUCCAUGGGACCAGAUCCGGCUGGGAACGGGGCGCACGGACGGAAAUUUGGACCAGUAA